GACGGGAUUCCUCGUCGCGACGUGUGUGCGGCGACGUUCGUGACAGUCGGUUACGGCGGCGUUCGACGGACGUGCGACGAGAGACGAGCGAGAGAGUCGUCACCUGUCACAGGAUUCGAUCCGCGCGAGAGGACCUCCGGGAGAGAACCGGCAGAGAGAUCGGCGAAAGAGAGAGAACUGCGAAACGGGGGAUUCACACACGCACUUUGGGAGCUGCUCCCUUAGCCACGCGAACGUCAUGUCUCCGUCUCGAGCCGAGCUGGACGAAACAGCUGUCGAGAAUUUUCGCGAGUACCUGCGGAUACCGUCGGUGCAGCCUGACAUCAAUUACGAUGCGUGUGUGGAAUUCAUCACCAAACAGGCCAAGUCUCUCGACUUGCCGGUCAAGAUCUAUCACGUGGAUCCAAAGAAACCAAUUGUGGUUCUCACCUGGAUUGGAACGCAGCCAGACAAAUCAUCGAUUCUCCUAAACAGUCACAUGGACGUUGUACCGGUCUUUGAAGACAAAUGGACCUAUCCGCCGUUCAGCGCCCACAUGGACGAGGAGGGCAAUAUUUACGCGCGGGGCAGUCAGGACAUGAAGUGCGUGGGGAUAGAGUAUCUGGAGGCGAUUCGCCGACUGAAGCUGAAGGGGGUACGCUGCGAGCGCACCAUCCACGUUUCGUUCGUGCCGGACGAAGAGAUCGGCGGUGUUCUCGGAAUGAGGGACUUCGUGCACACCGAGGAUUUCAAAGCUCUGAACGUGGGCUUCGCUCUGGACGAGGGUGUGUCCAGUCCGACGGAAUGCUACUAUAUGUUUUACGGAGAGAGAUCGAUCUGGCACGUGCAAGUUAGAUGCAAGGGCAGUCUCGGUCACGGCUCGAUCUUGCUUGACAACACAGCCGGGGAAAAACUGAGAGUCGUGAUCGACCGCUUCAUGGAUUUUAGAGCUCAGGAGAGAAAGAAGCUGGGAAAUCCCAAAGAAGUAACAGAUCUUGGCAACGUGACGACAAUAAAUCUUACAAAAAUUUGGGGUGGAGUACAGACCAAUGUUUUGCCCGAGGAACUUAACGCCAUGUUCGACAUUCGAUUGGCGCCUACCGUCGAUCACGAUGAGUUCGAGAACACGAUUAAGCGCUGGUGCGAGGAAGCGGGUCCGGACGUGACCUAUUGCUUCGAGGAGAAGAAUCCGAAGAUCGAGAACACCAAACUCGACAGCACGAAUCCUUUCUGGCUCGCCUUCAAAAAGACUUGCGACGAAAUGGGUGCCGAGUUGAAAAUCGGCAUUUUCCCAGGAGGCUCGGACAGUCGUUUCGUGCGCGGGGUAGGCACCCCCGCUAUCUGCUUCUCUCCGAUAAACAACACAAAGAUACUUCUCCACGAUACCGACGAAUAUUUGAACAAAAACGUAUUUCUGAAAGGAAUAGAAGUGUACACCAAGAUCAUACCUGCCGUUGCCAAUGUUUAAACGAGAGAAAAAGAAAACACAUAAAUGAUAACAAAUACUGGUGCCAUAAUAAUAUGCUUUUUACAAAGUUGCUAUCGCAACUUCGCUGAGUAACUCCACUCACAGUGAUGAGAUUAUCAAAGAUUAUUCAAAGAGUUUGAAUGCGAAAAUGUGCAAUAAUAUGCAACUGGUUUUACAGUAUAAUUUUACAAUACAUAUAAUCUAUUCAGAGUUUAUAUAUAUACAUAUAUAUAUACACACAUAGUACAUACAAAAUAUUAUAACGUUUCGAGAGUUUAUUGUUGUUGGAUAUAUUUUUCUCUCCAAAGAGAUACGAGCCAAAGGUAUAAGAGGAAGAAGACUGAAGAAAUAUCUGUGAGAAAAUAACAAUUAAAACAAACUUAAGACUGGAAUCUAACCAAGCCGAGAGAUAAGAAAGCAAAAGAAGCAGAAGAAUUGUUGAAAAAAAAAAAAGAUAACGGGAGAAAAAUCUACGGGAGGAAGUAGAUCGGAUGCAAAAUGAACAAAAAUUGU